AUGUUCAAGAUAAAUAAUGGUUCGUUGGAUUUCUGGACAGAAAUUACUGGAUCCGAUCGACCAAUCGAUGUUCAUAUUCCAGCAAAUGAAUAUGAUCGAUAUGUCUCGGAAUUUAAACAAUAUUCGUUGCCAUUUCAUGUUCUUGUCGACAAUUUACAAGAAUCGAUUGACAAUGAACAACGGGAACUUUUACAAGACCGUUUAAUGAGACAAAUUCAAGGCCGAUGGGCAGGACAACCAAGAGCCAAUAUUGUUGGCACAUAUGCGAGAUACAAUGAUAUGGUGGCUUUUCUUCAAGAGAAAGCUACUGCUGAUCCAACACAUGUUGAAGUGUUCGAUAUUGGAAGAACAUUCGAAAAUCGAAUUAUUCAAGGUAUUACGCUUAAAUUCAAUCCUUCGGCUACACGAAAUAUUUGGAUCGAUUGUGGUAUUCAUGCUCGAGAAUGGAUCACACCAGCUACAUGUAUUUGGUUAAUUGAUCAAUUCAUUGCUGAAUACAAUAAUAAUGAUGCAACAACUCGAGAUUUACUUAAUAACUGGAAUGUUUAUAUUGCUCCAUCACUUAAUCCUGAUGGUUAUGAAUAUUCUCACACAACCAGCCGUUUAUGGCGUAAAAAUCGUAGUAAACGAUCCUCAUCUACCUGUUAUGGUGUUGAUCUCAAUCGUAAUUAUCCAUGGAAGUGGAUGACUGGCGGUGCAAGCAGCAGCCCAUGCAGUGAAACAUAUGCUGGCCCAUCAGCUGGUAGUGAAAUCGAAACAGUUGGCGUCGUCAAUUUUCUUCAAUCGAAAAUUAACACCUGGGACAUGUAUAUGUCUUUUCAUUCGUACGGUCAAUGGUGGUUUACUCCCUAUGGUUACACUACCAAUCUUCCAGACAAAGCGCCAGCCAAUUACGCUACAUUAGAAGCAGCAGCUAAAGUUGGUGCUGCUACCAUUCAAACAUUUAAUCAAAGAAAAUAUGCCGUUGGCUCUGUUUCACGAUUAUUAUAUAUUGCCAGUGGUAGUACUGUAGAUUGGGCGUAUGAUUCUUUGAAUAUUCCUUAUUCAUACACAAUCGAACUUCCACCCACACAAGGUGAUUCGGCUGGUUUUGUUUUACCGGUUAGUCUUGCUCCUGGUGUUUGUCAAGAGACUUACGCUGGCAUGAAAACUUUCUUAGUUCAAGUUAAGAAAAAUCUUGCGAGUUCGUCAAGUGGUUAA